CAUAAACCCCCUUCCCUCUUUAAUCCUCUCCUCUUAAAUCACUUCUAUCCUCAUGUGUGUGGGUUUACUCCCUUACCCCACCCCUGCAAUUUGUAACCAGCUAUCUGUUCUCUGCCACCUAAAACUUCCCUUUCAUGUCUUUCUUUUCUUCACUUCCUCUGUUAAUUAAGGUAAUGUCCAAAUCAUAGCUCAACAAUUCCCCCCUUUUUUUACAUAAAGUUUCAAUCUUUACUUGUUAAGAACAUCACAAGCAAUGUUUCAUUCAAAAAGAUUCAAACUUUAUGCCUUUUUAUGCUUUAUUUAUCUCCAUUUUGUGAUCUGCACUUCAAAUAGUCAUACCCAUGUUGAUAGUUUCUUAAUUUCUUGUGGGCAAACUGACCCAGUUCAGUUAGAAGAUGGCAGGGUUUUUGAAUCUGAUUUCAAGAAUGCCCAUGUCAAUAUUUCACCAUUUUCUAACAUAAAUGUUUCCAAUUCUCAAAAGGGUGUCUCCAAGAUCUUAUUUUCAGCUCGAGUUUUUCGUACUAGUUCCAUAUAUACUUUUAGUACGAAGAAAAUUGGUAGAUAUUGGUUAAGAUUACAUUUUUAUCCUGUUAAGAACCCUAAGUUUGACCUGAAUUCUGCGGUUUUUUCUGUGGAAGCAAAUGGGAUUACUUUGAUUCAUGAGUUUGCUUUCUUUAGAGGAAAUAAAAGUUACCAUCUUUUUAAAGAAUAUGUUAUUGAAGUUAGUGGCUCGAGUUCGGGGAAAUUGGUUCUGGGAUUAUUGCCUUGGGAUAACUCGAUUGCAUUUGUUAAUGGUAUCGAAAUUCUUUGGAUUCCUGAUAAGGUUUUUGGGUCGAAAGUGAUUCCCAUUCCUUUAGGGGUUGCUUAUGAGCUUCCUGUUCAUGUUGGGUUUGAGACGGUUUAUAGGGUUGAUAUGGGUGGGUCAGGUUUGUCAUUCAAGAAUGAUUCUUUAUGGAGGAAAUGGGAAUCUGAUGAACCGUUUUUGGUUCAUUUGGCUACUGCUAGGAAUGUUUCUGUAAACCCUGAUUUGAUUAGGUACCAUGAUGGGGUUUCGAGUGACAUUGCUCCAAAUUGGGUUUAUGCCACUGCCGAAGAAAUGGCUGAUGCAAAGGUUAAUGACCAGAGCUUUAAUAUCUCGUGGCAGUUUGAAGUCGAACAAGGUUUUGGUUACUUUAUCAGAUUUCAUUUUUGUGAUAUCGUUGGGUCGAGAUUACAUGAUUUGAUGUUUAAUGUUUAUAUUAACAAUCAAUCUGCUAUUGAAUCUCUUGAUGUGUCACGUAGGGCAAAAGGGUUAGCUAGUGCAUUUUUUGUCGAUUUUUUUACCAAUAUGUCAAUGGGUUCGGAUAAAAUUUUGGUUCAAAUUGGCCCGAAUCAUUUAACAGGUUAUUUACCCACAGCACUAUUAAAUGGUUUAGAGAUCAUGAAAAUGAGCAAUCCUAGUGAUAGUCUUGAUGGGAAAUUGGCUGUGAAUCUUGAUUCAAAUGACAUCAAGAAAAGUAAGAAAAUGAGAAUGAUGAUUGUGCUUUUUUCGUGUCUGGGUGGUGGUUUAGUGAUUGUUCUGAUUUUAAUAAUAUCAUUCAUGUUUAUCUUGUGUUUACGACGCAAAAAGAAACCAAAAAAGGAAGAUUCAGUUGGGUGGUCGGCUCUCCCGACUUAUGUUGGCAAUUCAGGAACAAAGUUUUCAUCAAACACCUUUGGUUCCGCCACGGGCACAAAUAGUUUAGGUCAAAUGAUAUCAUUUUCUGAGGUUCGUGAAGCAACCCGUAACUUCGACAAGAGCUUGGUAUUAGGGGCGGGUGGGUUUGGAAAAGUGUACAAGGGGGUUCUUGAAAAUGGGCUCGUGGUGGCUGUCAAGAGAGGAAACCCACAAUCUCAACAAGGUUUAGUGGAGUUCAAGACAGAAAUCGAGAUGCUAUCCAAACUUCGCCAUCGGCACUUAGUGUCCCUAAUCGGCUACUGUGAAGAACUAAACGAAAUGAUCCUUGUUUAUGAGUACAUGGCUGGUGGGCCCCUAAGACGACACUUGUAUGGUUCGAACCUCCCUCCCUUGACUUGGAAACAACGGGUUGAAAUAUUGGUUGGCGCUGCAAAAGGGUUGCAUUAUCUUCACACAGGUGUAGCCGAAACCAUCAUACACCGAGAUGUAAAGACGACCAACAUCUUGUUAGAUGAGAAUCUUGAUGCUAAAGUUGCCGACUUUGGAUUGUCAAAAUUCGGUCCUAGUAUUAAUCAAACGCAUGUCAGUACUGCAGUGAAGGGUAGUUUCGGGUAUCUUGAUCCUGAAUACUUCCGUAGACAGCAACUUACCGAAAAAUCAGAUGUUUACUCAUUCGGGGUAGUGAUGUUAGAGGUUUUGUGUGCAAGGCCAGCUAUAAAUCCUACUUUACCGAGAGAACAAGUGAAUAUAGCAGAAUGGGCUGUGAAUUGGCAAAAGAAAGGUGAACUAGAGAAGAUUAUGGAUCAAAAUUUAAUUGGUAGAGUAAAUCUUGAAUCUUUAAGAAAGUUUGGUGAAACUGCUCAGAAAUGUUUAAAUGAAAAUGGGAAUGAAAGGCCAUCAAUGGGUGAUGUUUUAUGGAAUCUGGAGUAUGCUCUUCAGUUGCAGGAAGCUUCUUAUGGAUAUGCUGAUGAUGCAGAUAGUAUGAGGGGUAUCUCGGACAUUCCUGAUCGCAUUCCAGAUGUAGAGAGUGUCGAUAUUGAGACCAUCAGUGAUCUGGACUCAAAUGGGACCGCUGCAGAUCGAUAGUGUAAGUAUAGGUAGGACUAUAGGCUUUGUUGAUUUUUUGUAUGCUUGUUUUUGUUUAUAACAGUUUUGUUUCUUCCAUUGUUAUUUAUAUAGUAAAAAACUUUAAAAUUGAUUAAUUUUUAUACUUGUGAUGGAAUAUAGAUAAGUUCCAUUCGUAUGAUAAGAAAUGUUUAUAUAUGGAUUUCAUCUGUUAGUCACCAAA